AUGCAGUCCUAUAACCCUUCGGAGGCUCACAAAGUCCACACACCUACACAUCUAAAUGCGAAAUUUGGCAUUACACUGUACUUUUCGGAGGCUCACAAAGUCCACACACCUACACAUCUAAAUGCGAAAUUUGGCAUUACACUGUACUUUUGCACCUCUAUAUACUUAUCUCCCAAAGCGUCGUCCAAUCACAAACCACCAGACGCGACAAUACCCAUGGCCGAUAAAAAAUUUCCUACUGCUUUUGAAGAGUCUCCACCGGUUGGUCAAUGCUCGAAGCAUAUCAUCGUCGUCAUCACGUUUGGUCAGAUGAGUACAUCGGCUGUUGUAGAUCCGCCACAGAGGAGCAAUAACAGGGACCCCAACAGCUUUAAUUGA